AUGACUCCUGGAGAGCUAGCCCUUGCCAGUGGCAACUAUACCCCAGUUACCCAGUUCAUCUUGCUGGGCUUCUCCAGUUACCCAGAUCUACAGGAGCUUCUCUUUGGAGUAUUCCUGCUCAUCUAUGCCGUGACAGUGGUGGGCAACCUAGGGAUGAUGGCCCUUAUCUUUACAGACUCCCGUCUCCAUAGUCCCAUGUAUUUCUUCCUCAGUGUCCUCUCUUUUCUUGAUAUUUGUUACUCCUCUGUGGUCACACCCAAACUGUUGGCCAACUUUCUGGCCUCUGACAAGUCCAUCUCUUUUGAGAGCUGUGUGACCCAACUGACCUUCUUUGUGUUACAUGUGACCACUGAGAGCUUCCUUCUGGCCUCCAUGGCCUAUGACCGCUUCAUGGCCAUUUGCCGACCCCUCCAUUAUGGUUCAGUCAUGACCAAAGGGACUUGUAUCCAGCUGGUGGCUGCUUCCUAUGCUUUUGGUGGAGCCAACUCUGCUAUCCAGACUGGGAAUGUCUUUGCCCUGCCUUUCUGUGGGCCCAACCAGGUAACACACUACUUCUGUGACAUCCCACCCCUUCUGCGCCUAGCUUGUGCCAACACAGCCACAGCAAGAGUCGUCCUCUAUAUCUUCUCUGCAUUGGUUACCCUGCUGCCUGCCGCAAUCAUCCUCACCUCCUACAGCUUGGUCUUGGUGACGAUUGGGAGGAUUCGCUCCGCGGCUGGGCGAGAGAAAGCCCUCUCCACAUGUGCCUCCCAUUUCCUGGCCAUUGCCAUUUUCUAUGGCACCGUGGUUUUCACCUAUGUCCAGCCCCAUGGAUCCACUAAUGAUACCAAUAGCCAAGUAGUAUCUGUCUUCUACACUAUCAUAAUUCCCAUGCUCAACCCCUUCAUCUAUAGCCUCCGCAACAAGGAGGUGAAGGAUGCCCUGCAGAGGAAGCUCCAGAUCAACAUCUUCCCCUUCUGA